UCUCUGGGUAUGCAGCAGUGAGUCCCAUCCUAUCUUCAGUCCCGUUAAGAGACCUCUCUCUGUCGGAUAAAUGGAGACAACCUGAGCCUCUGGAUUCACGGUCAACUGCCGAUUUCUGUGUUUCCAAAACAAGAAAAACAACCACCACGCCUCACAGCUCUCGAGGUUGUCUGCAACUCUUCGGACUCGACUAAUCCGUCACAUCUCAGGCUGUCAGAUGGAGAACGACGUGGAGGACAUGUGGGAGAAGGUGGAGUGCAAACGAUACGAACUGUGUUGCAUCAUCUCCCCGGCAAAACUCACCCCGUACCUCCGCCAGUGCAAAGUCCUGGACGAACAAGAUGAAGACGAGAUCCUCAACUCCAGGCUGCUCGUCUCCAAAGCAAACCGCACAAGCCGUCUACUUGACAUCCUCCACACUAAAGGAGAGCGAGGAUAUGUGGCUUUUCUGGAGAGUCUGGAGUUUUACUACCCGGAACUGUACAAGCUGGUCACGGGGAAAGAUCCCACCCGACGCUUCUCCACCAUCGUGGUGGAGGAGGGUCACGAGGGUCUGACACAGUUCCUGAUGAACGAAGUGAUGAAGCUGCAGCAGCAGUCUAAAGUCAAGACCCUGCAGCAUGUCGAGCUCAGCCGGAAAAACUGCACUCUGGAGGACGAACAGAAGAAACUUCGGCUGGCCAAUCAAGAGCUGCAGGCCUUCCAACAGAGGUACAAUAAAUUGAGAGAAGAAAGAAAUACCUACAGUGACGAGCUGCUGAGAGUAAAAGAUGAAAACUACAAACUGGCCAUGAGGUACGCCACACUGAGUGAAGAGAAGAACAUGGCAGUGAUGAGGAGCCGAGACCUGCAGCUGGAGAUUGAUCAGCUAAAGCACAGACUGAACAAGGUGGAGGAAGAGUUUAAGAUGGAGAGGAGGCAGAGUCUCAAGCUGAAGAAUGACAUGGAGAACCGGCCAAAGAAAGAGCAGAUCUUUGAGCUGGAAAAAGAGAACAAAAUGCUGAAGAUUAAACUGCAGGACCUGCAGUCCAUCAUACAACCUGGUCCCCUGCCGGCGUCAGACAAGGCCAUCCUCGACAUUUUGGAGCACGACAGACAGGAAGCGCUAGAAGACAGACAAGAUCUUGUCAACCGCCUUUACAACCUCCACGAAGAAGUCAGGCAGGCAGAAGAACUUCGAGAUAAGUAUCUGGAAGAGAAGGAGGAUUUGGAGCUGAAGUGCUCCACAUUGCAGAAGGACUGUGAGAUGUAUCGUAAUCGCAUGGACACCAUCACCAUCCAGCUGGACGAAGUGGAGAAGGAGAGGGACCAGGCAUUUCGAGCCCGAGACGACGCCCAGCAUCAAUUCUCCCAGAGUCUUAUUGACAAAGAUAAGUAUCGCAAACAGAUCAGAGAGCUGGAGGAAAAGAGCGAUGAACUUCAUAUAGAGAUUGUUCGAAAAGAAGCCAAGCUGGUCACACUAGAGUCCCGCCUGCGACGUCUGUCCAAAGAUAUUGUUUUGGACCAAGUUGGGAGUCUGCCCAGAGACAUGUCUCUGGCAAUCAUCUCGAAGAGGGAAGGGUUAAAACCAGGCCCUGGCCAAUCAGAAUGGUCCAGUGAUGAGUCACCCGAGGACAAGUUCCUACCUGAUGAGCCUCGCCUUAAACGCAGACUCAACCUCAAAGCAGUGAUCAGAGUGAAGUCUCCAAUCUGUGUACCCAAAGACCUUGAAACCGAGUCAGAGGCCGCUCAACCUGCAGUUCUGUCAGUCAACGGAGGAGAUUGUCUUGAAAUCCAGACAAGGAACUUCCACAGCAACUCCCUCCCUCCCUCCCCGAGCUUCAUGAUGUCCCCGACAUAUCCUACCUCCUCUGCUCCCCCCCUCUCUUCCUCCUUCCCUUCAACCCCCCCUCCAAUUUCCUUGACACCCGUGGAACAGCCCAACAGGCCAAAUAUGCUGCGUUACCGUAAUUACAGCAUCCAGUCCACACAACCUGAGCCGCCAGAUAAAUCGUCGCUUUACCGCAGGGAGAGGGAGAAAGAAAACGACUUUCAUCCCCGCAGCCUCUCUGAUUUUGAUAGUGACAACAUGGAGAUGGAGUUUGACGAUGAAGUACGGCAGGGUCCACCUUCUGUCCACUCAUCUUCCUCGUCCUAUCAGUCAGAAACUAUGGACACUUACGACCUGGAGCAAGUCAACAACAUAUUCAGGAAACUCUCCCUUGAGAGGCCGUUUCGUCCGUCUCUGUCCUCCUUCUCGAGGAUCAGCUCUUCCCUGAAGCCAGUGCAGGAGCUGUCGCUGCAAGGCGAUAACUUGAUGAAGGACAUCACUCUGGUCGGGGGUAACGAGAGUGGGAUAUUCAUCUCGUCUGUCCAGUCAGGCUCCAUCGCUGAGAAGGCUGGGCUACGAGAGGGCCACCACCUCCUGUUGCUCGAAGGAUGCAUACGUGGGGAGAACCAAAGCGUUUCAUUGGACACCAGCACUCAGGAAGAGGCCCAUUGGACGCUGCAGCACUGCUCUGGACCGGUCAGGCUGCACUAUCGAGCCAACUUCGACACUUACCGUCGUCUUCAGAGGGACUUAGAGGAAACGCUGGCUUCUGGCGACUCUUUUUACAUACGGGUCAACCUCAACAUAUCCGGCCAAUCAGACAGCUGCUCUCUGAGCGUGCGCUGUGAUGAGGUGGUGCAUGUGCUGGACACCUGGCACCAGGGCCGCUGUGAAUGGUUGUGCGCUCGCGUCGACCCGUACGCUGGCUCCGACUUGGUCGACCGGGGAACCAUACCCAGCAACUCAAGGGCCCGGCAGCUGCUCCUUGUGAAGAUUCAAAGGUUAAUGUGUCGAGGGGGAAAAGACGAGAAUGAAAUCCACCGCAACAGUAGGAACAAUUUGCAGCCGGAAGAAGCCAGCCACUCUCCUGAUCCUAAAGCCAGCCCACGAAUGUCCAGAGCCAGCAUUUUCCUCACUCAAAUACUCCAGUUUGUCAGCAAGGUGGAUAUCAAGUACAAGCGAAUGAACAGCAGCGAGCGCGUGAGGAUCAUCAACUCAGGCAGCGCCACAUUUCCACGACCAGGCUUUGAGACGUUUUUGAAACCGGAGGACGCUAGCGACCCAGACAGUGAUCUGAGCAGGAGUUUGAACCUGAUUCCCUACAGUACCGUCACCCCCCAGCGGACUCAGAGGAAAAGACCGGUCCUGUUCUCUCCCACUGCUCUCGCCAAUACUAUUAUCCAGAAAAUACUCAACAUGGGGGCAGCCAUGGACUUUAAUAUCUGCAAACCAGACACUCUCUCCAAAGAAGAGUUUCAUCUAAAGCAGAACGUGGAGCCCUUCAUUCACUACAAAGAGAAACAUGCAACAUUUGAAUGCAUCACCCGAGAAAACAUAGAAGCUGUCGCUGCUAAGGGCAAACACUGCCUGCUGGAGGCUGAGCUGAGCUGUGUCAAAGACCUUCUGCGGAGAGAAAUCUACCCGAUAAUCAUCUACAUCAAGAUCUGUGAGAAGAAUGUCAAGAAGUUACGAAAGCUGCCUAUGCGUGUGGAGUCGGAGGACGAGUUCGUGCGAUCGUGUCGAGCAAAGGAGAAGGAGCUCGAGGUCAUUCCCUGCCUCUACGUCAGCCUGGAGCCCGAGGCCUGGACGGGGACGGACGACCUCAUCAGGAUCAUCAAAGACAGAAUACUUGAGGAGCAGAAGAAGACGGUGUGGGUGGAGCAGGACCUCCUGUAGACUCACACAACAAUUUGUACAUGAAACGUAAAGGUGUAUCUGAGCCCCCAUUAAAACUUAUAUAUUAAAAAUG